AUGUUAAAAUCAUUCAAAGGCAUCUCCUCCAGGAGCAGCAUCUUGAGGAAUGCUCCCAGACGAUUGAUCCAGACCAGAUUAUUGGCCACCGAUUCAUUUUUGCAGUCAAAUAACGCCAACUACAUUGAUGAAAUGUACGAACAAUGGUCCAAGGACCCGUCAUCUGUUCACUCGUCGUGGAACGCUUAUUUCAAGAACUUAGACCAGGGCGUCCCCCCAUCUCGUGCCUUCCAAGCACCACCAACCUUGAUUCCACAGCCAGCUGGUGGUAUUCCCAACUUGGUGCCUGUAGGUAACGCAAGUGGCAACUCCAAUGUUUUGACGCAUUUGAAAGCUCAGCUGUUGGUUCGUGCUUAUCAGGUCAGAGGUCACCAAAAGGCUAAAAUUGACCCCUUGGGAAUCUCCUUUGGUGACGACAAGUCCAAACCAGUGCCAAAGGAACUGACUCAGGAAUUUUAUGGUUUUACCGAGGCAGACUUGGACACUGAGAUUACUCUCGGACCAGGUAUUCUUCCUAAGUUCGCCGAGGCUGGACACCCCACAAUGAAACUACGUGAUAUUAUUAAGGCAUGUGAGAAAAUCUACUGUUCAUCCUACGGUGUUGAGUAUGUUCAUAUCCCUUCAAGAGAGAAGUGUGACUGGCUCAGAGAGAGAAUUGAAAUUCCAACCCCUUACAAGUACUCCGUCGAUGAGAAGAGACAAAUUCUUGACAGACUUAUCUGGUCUUGUUCUUUUGAAAACUUUCUGAGUUCCAAAUUCCCCAACGACAAGAGAUUUGGUGUUGAAGGUGCCGAGUCUGUCAUUCCAGGUAUGAAGGCUCUGAUCGACACUGCCGUUGAAAACGGUGUUGAGGAUGUAGUCAUUGGUAUGGCCCACCGUGGUCGUCUGAACAUGUUGUCAAACGUUGUCAGAAAACCCAAUGAGUCUAUCUUCUCCGAGUUCACUGGUUCUAAAGAUUUCGAUGAAGGAUCUGGUGACGUGAAAUACCAUUUGGGUAUGAAUUACGUUCGUCCAACUACAUCCGGUAAGAAAGUCCACCUUUCCUUGGUUGCCAAUCCUUCUCAUUUGGAGGCAGAAGAUCCCGUUGUUUUGGGUAGAACUAGAGCUAUCCAGCACUACAAGGGAGAUGUUGGUGAAUUCAACAAGGCUAUGGGUAUUUUGGUCCACGGUGAUGCUGCUUUUGCCGGUCAGGGUAUCGUUUACGAAACUAUGGGUUUCGCUGCCUUACCAGCUUAUUCUACUGGUGGUACCAUCCAUAUCAUUAUUAACAACCAAAUUGGUUUCACAACGGAUCCACGUUUUGCUAGAUCCACUCCUUACCCAUCUGAUAUUGCCAAAUCAAUCAAUGCUCCAAUUUUGCAUGUUAAUGCUGACGACGUUGAGUCAGUUAUUUUCAACUUCCAAUUGGCAGCUGAAUGGAGACAGACUUUCCACUCCGAUGUUAUUUUGGAUGUUGUUGGCUACCGUAAAUACGGUCACAACGAAACUGACCAGCCUUCUUUCACCCAGCCUUUGAUGUACCAGAAGAUUGCUGAGAAGAAGCAAGUGCUCGAUAUUUACGUUGACAAGUUAAUCAAGGAGGGAUCAUUCACUCUAGAUGACAUCAAUGAACACAAGCAAUGGGUUUGGAACACAUUAGAAGAAGCAUUUACCAAGUCUGUUGAGUACAAACCCACCUCCAGAGAAUGGUUAACAACACCUUGGGAGGGAUUCAAGUCUCCAAAAGAAUUGGCUUCUGAAGUAUUGCCUCACUUGCCAACCUCUGUGGAAAGGGGCGUAGUUGAGAGAAUCGGUGACACCAUCUCUUCUUGGCCUGAAGGAUUUGAGGUUCACAGAAAUUUGAAGCGUAUCUUAAAGAAUAGAAAAGAUUCCAUUCAAAAAGGUGAGGGUAUUGACUGGUCUACUGGUGAAGCUCUUGCCUUUGGAAGUUUGGUUAUUGAAGGUUAUCAUGUCAGAAUUUCCGGCCAAGAUGUUGAAAGAGGAACCUUCUCCCAACGUCACGCCGUUCUUCACGACCAAAACUCCGAAAAAGUCUACAUUCCUCUCAAACAUCUAAGUAAAGUUCAAUCCGACUUCGGUAUUUCUAACUCUUCCCUUUCAGAAUACGGAUGUAUGGGUUUUGAGUAUGGUUACUCACUGACCUCACCUGAUGCUUUGGUUAUGUGGGAAGCUCAAUUUGGUGACUUCGCUAACACUGCUCAAGUUAUUAUUGAUCAAUUCCUUGCCGCUGGUGAAUCUAAAUGGAAGCAGAGAUCCGGUGUUGUCCUUUCUUUGCCCCAUGGUUACGAUGGUCAAGGUUCCGAGCACUCUUCUGCCCGUUUAGAACGUUACUUGCAGCUUUGUAAUGAAGACCCAAGAGUUUAUCCAUCUCCUGAGAAGCUGGAGAGACAACAUCAAGAUUGUAACAUGCAAGUUGCUUAUCCAACCACUCCAGCCAAUCUGUUCCAUCUGUUGAGACGUCAAAUGCACCGUCAAUUCAGAAAGCCUUUAAUUUUGCUCUUUUCGAAGAAGUUGUUGCGUCACCCAUUGGCCAGAUCUAACAUUGAAGAUUUCAUUGGAGAAUCUAGUUUCCAAUGGAUAAUUGAGGAUUCUGAGCUGGGCAAAACCAUCAAUGACAAGGAGGGUAUUAAGCGAUUAGUUCUUUGUUCUGGUCAAGUUCAUUCUUCUUUGCACAAGAAGCGUGCUGAUAUUGGCGACAAAGAGACCGCUGUAUUGAAGAUUGAACAACUGCACCCAUUCCCAUUCGAACAAUUGAAGAACGCCAUUGAUAGCUACCCAUCUUUGGAUGAGAUUGUUUGGUGUCAGGAAGAACCAUUGAACAUGGGUUCUUACGCAUUUUCUGCACCAAGGAUAGUAACCGUAUUGGAACAGACCGAGAAGUACAAGGAUUACAACCUGCGCUAUGCUGGUAGAAACCCAGCAGCUGCUGUUGCCGUUGGUACUAAGUCGAUGCACGUUGCUCAAGAAGAGGCUUUCUUGGACGAUGUCUUCCAAAUCCAAAAUUAA